AUGGUGCUUUUGGGACUUCUCUUGGUGGGAUUUCUUUCUUUGGCUUCACCUUCCUCUGCUGCUUCUGGUUACGGUUGGAUGAGUGCUCAUGCAACCUUCUAUGGAGGGGGUGAUGCCUCUGGCACUAUGGGUGGAGCGUGUGGGUAUGGGAACUUGUAUAGCCAGGGGUACGGAACAAACAGUGCUGCUCUGAGCACAGCUUUGUUCAACAAUGGUUUAAGCUGUGGGGCGUGUUUCGAGAUUAGGUGUGUUGAAGACAACAGGUGGUGCCUUCCACACUCAGUUGUGGUCACUGCAACCAAUUUCUGUCCCCCCAACAAUGCUCUCCCAAAUAAUGCAGGAGGAUGGUGCAACCCUCCCCUUCAGCAUUUCGACCUUUCCCAACCUGUCUUCCAACAAAUUGCUCAAUACAGGGCUGGAAUAGUACCCGUUGCUUACAGAAGGGUCCCUUGCCGAAAGAGAGGGGGCAUCAGAUUCACCAUCAACGGCCACUCGUACUUCAACCUAGUCCUAAUCACCAACGUUGGAGGUGCUGGUGAUGUUCAUGCAGUUUCCAUCAAAGGUUCAAGAACAAAUUGGCAACCUAUGACAAGAAACUGGGGUCAGAACUGGCAAAGCAACACUUACCUCAAUGGACAAACCCUUUCUUUUAAGGUUGCCACCAGUGACGGACGCACCGUGGUCUCUUAUAAUGUUGCACCCCCAAGUUGGUCCUUUGGCCAAACCUUCAAUGGCCAACAAUUCAUUUAA